AUGUUGAACGAUCCUCUGCAGAAGUCGCAGAAAUGUAGAAGAAUGGAGCACUCACUCGGUCUGGACUUAAGAAACGUCUUUAUUGUGUCAAAACAUUCUAAGCGUUCCAUGGAGUGCUGGAGACUGGACAAGAACAGGGAAGUGGGGAAGUGGGAUGGAGAUCAAGUUUGGAGCAUUAUUCCAGAGACACUAAGCCAUGCUGUGUACAUCAAAGAAAUCUGCAAUGAUGUACAGUUCGACUUGUGGAAACCAAGCCACAUAGAGGAUAUCUACCCUGGAAGAGAAGUACAUUUACGGGUUUCAUCACCUCGCCUACAUGAUACUAAACAGAACCUUCAUCGAGAAAAGAUUUUAUUUCACGUUCUGAUAGAUGAUGUACAAAAACUUAUAGAUGAACAAUUUGUUCUUAAGCACAGACAUAAGAGAUCAUUGACUUCAUUUCAAUAUACAGAAUACCACCCAAUGAAUGAGAUCUACGACUGGAUGGAUCAAAUCAAAGAAACGCAUAAAGAUUUAGUCACAUUACAUUAUCUGGGGUCCACCUAUGAGACAAGACCUAUUUACUAUUUUAAAAUUGGGCAACCGUCGAAUAGACAAAAGAAAAUUAUAUGGAUGGACUGUGGAAUUCAUGCUCGUGAAUGGAUCUCAGUGGCAUUUUGCCAGUGGUUCAUUAGAGAAAUACUUCAUAAUCACCAUAAUAAUCCAGUGAUUAAAAAAGCUCUGGAUAACAUGGAUUUCUACAUAGUCCCUGUGCUCAAUAUUGAUGGUUUUAUUUAUUCCUGGACUACGGAUCGUCUUUGGAGAAAAUCUCGCUCACCACAUAACAAUGGAAGCUGUUAUGGCGUGGAUCUUAACAGAAAUUUUGAUUCAAACUGGUGCUUAAUUGGUGCCUCAAAAAACUGCAGCAGCCUUACAUUCUGUGGAUCUGGACCUGCAUCAGAACCAGAGGUCCAGGCUUUGUCACAGCUAGUGACCACUCAUAAAUCUGAUAUCUUGUGCUUCCUGACAAUGCAUUCAUAUGGACAGCUCAUUCUCCUUCCUUAUGGAUACACCAAAGAUCCAUCUGUCAACCAUGAUGAAAAGUUGUCAGUUGGACAGGCUGCAGCUUCAAAAAUUAAAGAAACUCAUGGCCUUAACUAUACAGUUGGAAGUGCAUCUCACAUACUGUAUAGUAACUCUGGUUCUUCAAGGGAUUGGGCCACAGAUCUCGAAAUUCCUUUUUCAUACACAUUUGAGCUAAGAGAUAAUGGAACGUAUGGAUUUGUUCUUCCUGAAGACCAGAUUCAACCUACAUGCGAAGAGGCUACAGCUGCGAUCAUAUCUAUUGUCCACUAUCUAAAUGAAAAACAUUUUAAUGGUGCAUCAGGAAGCUUCUCUGACACUUUGUUGAUUAAUCUAAGUUUUUCACUCGCCAAGUCGGCCCAUCAUCAGAUAAAAUGGAAUGUAUCCAGUGGAGCAAUGUAUGGUAUUGUUAUAGAUCUCCAACAGUUCUGUUGUCAUGAGCUUCUUACAGGCAUGAAUUUGGCAUUACUCCUGGAAGAGCUGGGCCUCAAAGGCUGUUCCCAGGUCAGUCAGGACAGACUCUGGACAUCCGAGGAUUUGUACCCAAUGGGAGUAGAACAUCUGUGCUGUGGUUUUGGCUGUAAGAUCUUUAACUGGUAUGACUACAACCCACUUGGAAUAGUGAUCCACCAUGGUGAGAGCAUACGAAUACCCAGUCUUGUCAGGACCCAUUUUGUCACCAAAGGUAAAGUUUUCAAACCGAGUGGGGGACUCCUGCAUGACAAUGCCCUGGAGCACCCCACCCUCCAGGAGACUGCUGUUACUAUCCGACUCAUAUUCACUCUCAUCCGAGGAGGAGGAAGGCAGGGCGACCCUCUGGGCUGA